CCUGAGUCCACGACCGUCGAGCUCUCCCUCUCGACGACUGUCGGUCAUGAUCACCCAUGCUCUGUUCGAAUCCGCCUCUGGCUAUGCGAUCUUUGAGGUCAAGCUGCAGGAAAAUGUGGGGGCCAUGACGAGGGCGGUCCAGGACUCGAUCGACGACCUGGCGAAGUUUGGCAAAAUGGUCUCCUUGAUCAGUUUCUCGCCAUUCAAGAGCGCUGCACAUGCGCUGGAGAACGCAAAUGAUCUCUCGGAAGGCAUUCUCAAUGAGUACUUGCAGUCACUUUUGGAGCUUAACCUCUCCAAGCCGUCCAAGAAGUCGACCGUGACCCUCGCAGUAUUGGACUCCAUCCUCGCAUCCUCGAUCAAAUCUACCCUCGGCAUUGAUUGCGAUACCUCGGAGGUAGCGAAGGACAUCAUCCGCGGCAUCCGACAACAUGCGACGAAGCUCUUGAAGGGCUUGCAGUCCGACGACCUCACCAAGGCCCAGCUCGGCCUGGGGCACUCCUACUCGCGAUCAAAGCUCAAGUUCAACGUCAACCGGAUAGACAACAUGAUUAUCCAGGCCAUUGCCCUCCUUGACCAACUCGACAAGGAUGUCAACCUCUUCUCCAUGCGUAUCCGCGAAUGGUACGGCUACCAUUUCCCUGAAAUGGUCAAGAUCGUCCCGGACAACUACCAGUACGCGAAGGUCGCGCAGUUCAUCGGUGCGAAGGAGUCGUUGGACGAGGAGAAGCUGCCCGACCUCGCUGCGCUCCUGGACGAUGACAUGACACGCGCACAGAACGUGCUGGACGCAGCGCGCGGGUCCAUGGGGUCAACACUGUCGGAGAUCGACAUGCUCAAUAUCAGUCUGUUUGCUACAAGAGUAGUGUCGAUCGCGGAGUACCGAAAGUCGCUGCAGAUAUAUCUCUCGGAGAAGAUGAACGUCGUUGCACCGAGUCUGACCGCGCUUCUCGGCGAGCGGGUAGGAGCGCGGCUCAUCAGCCACGCGGGGAGCUUGACGAACCUGAGUAAGUACCCUGCGAGCACCGUCCAAAUCCUGGGGGCGGAGAAAGCUCUUUUCCGGGCGCUGAAGACGAAGGGUAACACACCCAAGUAUGGCCUCAUCUACCACUCCUCCUUCAUUGGCCGCGCAGGCCCCAAGCACAAGGGUCGCAUCUCACGGUUCCUCGCGAAUAAAUGCUCGAUAGCGUCGAGGAUAGAUUGCUACUCUGACAAACCCUCCCCGAUGUUCGGCGAGGCCCUCAGGCAGCAGGUCGAGGAGCGGCUCAACUUCUUCGAAACUGGUGCUCCACCGUCGAAGAACACGGACGCAAUUCGUAAGGUCCUCGACCAGCUCGCGCUCGAUGACGACGAGGACGAGGAGAUGGACGAGCCCGCGCUGCCCCUCAUAGAACCCUCGCCAAAGAAGAAAAAGGAGAAGAAGCGCAAGAGCAGAGACGAGGAUGAUAUGGAUGUGGACGAGGAAGGGGAGGCACCUGCGAAGAAGCAGAAGCUCUCCAAGGAGGAGAAAAAGGCACUCAAAAAGGAGAAGAAAAAGCAGGAGAAGGCGGCUGCCGAGGGCGACGAGUCCUCAAAGAAGGAGAAGAAGGAGAAAAAGGAGAAGAAGAAGAAGAGCAAAGAGUAGUACCGAGAUGUUGUCCUACUGUGUUCUCAUCCCUGUACUUCUCUCUCUGUUCGUCAUCUUGUUUCUGAUAUGUCGCUGUCCGUCUCCAUCUCACCACCGCACGUUCCAUGAUGUUUAUAUUGAUAUGGUACAUACUCUAUGGUGGGCGUGCUACACUAAAUCCGACUAUGGACAAUGAAACGAGGGUAUGU